AAUCGGAUGACUAUUUACACCAUCCACCCUUAUCUUCAAGAUUUAAUUUUCUAAUCUUUUUCUUUCUUCUAGGACUGUGGUAGAGAUUGAAAAUAAUCCUAAAAUCAAAGUUUCCCUCCACUUAUAAAUGAGAAGUUUGUGCUGGAUAUAAGCAUCAUAUAAGAGAUGUUUUGUCAAUAAGAUAAAAAAAAAACAACAACAACAAGAAAAUGGGAUGAAAUUGGAAUUCUAUGAUGUAUAGAAUGGAAGAAGCAUUUAAAAGAUGAAAUACUCAAAUCAUCUAAAUAAGACACUUGAAUAAAUUCAGGAGUGGUAACAGAAAGAAGAAAAGAUCUUUAUUUGAGAAUAUUCCUUUGGAUUCCUGACAAAACACUAAUUCUUUGGACUUAUGUAUAAUUCCCUACUUAACAGGGAAAAACAAUCAGAUGUUAUAUCUUGCUUUUAAGUGUGGAAGAUAUUCAAGAAUUGGAAAAAUGGGUAACAGGUAUGAAAGUAUUUGUAAGCUUAUAGCCCCAUUUUGAAAUCUGAGUUUUGCUACAGCAAUAUGAAUAUGCCCUUUUUGUCCUAAGAAGCUUUUUGUUUUUAUUACAGAACAUAUACAGUUUUUUGUUUUUAUAUUUUCUAAGAAGCCUAUGACAUUAAAAAGACAUACCAAAUACAUUUCAUGCUCCUCUAAUACAAAUAAGCAAGAAACCAGGGGUUAAGAAAGCAAGAAUCUGCAGUCCCCUUCCACCUCUCAUAUAGAGCCGUUUUCCUCUGGAAAACAAAAAAUUACUCCCUCCUGGAACUGAAUCAGAAGGCAGAUCUGUCAUUCAGUAGCCAGCAUAUGAUUCAACUCAGCUUUUCAAAAAGUUAAAAAGACCAAAAGCCACCAAAAAAAGCUUUUUGAACCAAGAAAGCUGCAUCAUUUUAACUCUUCUGAAAUGCCUGCUGCGCACUCCUGUGAAUCAUGCCUGCUGCAAGAGGAGCACCUCUGAGUUAAGAAGGCAGUUGACUUUCAGUGACAGCUGGCAAGCAGACACUCCCUCUACCAAAGGGACAGCCUUCAUUCAACUGGAAGUGGACGGAUUUGGAAACAUGCAUUUACAAAUAUCCUUACUGCUGCUGUUUUGUCUAAACAUCGUCCAUGGUAGUGAUGGAUACUUUUCCGAGCGAUACCAGAAACAGUCCAGCAUCAAGGGGCCACCACACUUUCUCCCAUUCAACGUAAAGAGUCAAGGUGUGCAGAUGAGGGGUGAACAAGGUCCCCCCGGUCCCCCAGGCCCUAUUGGACCAAGAGGACAACCAGGUCCUGCAGGAAAACCAGGCUUUGGAAGCCCUGGUCCGCAAGGUCCCCCUGGUCCCCCAGGACCACCUGGAUUCUCCACUGUUGGAAAACCAGGCAUGCCAGGUCUACCAGGGAAGCCAGGAGAAAGAGGAUUAAAUGGUGAGAAAGGAGAAGCCGGACCUGUUGGGCUCCCAGGAGCAAGAGGGCCACAAGGACCCCCUGGCAUUCCUGGCCCUGCAGGACUGUCUGUCCCUGGAAAGCCAGGACCACAAGGACCUCCAGGAGCUCAAGGGCCAAGAGGCCUCCCUGGUGAGAAAGGAGAACCAGGUGUUCCUGGUAUGAAUGGACAAAAAGGAGAAAUGGGAUUUGGUGUUCCAGGCCGCCCAGGUAGCAGGGGUCUUCCAGGCCCACAGGGACCCCAAGGCCUCCCUGGCCCUGCUGGGAUAGGGAAGCCUGGAGAAAAUGGCCUUCCAGGUCAGCCAGGUAUGAAAGGUGACAGAGGUCUACCAGGGGCACGUGGAGAAGCUGGUACCCCAGGCCCCCAGGGUCCACCAGGAGAACCUGGAGAAGUUGGCAUUGGCAAGCCUGGGCCAAUGGGACCACCAGGACCAGCAGGCAUCCCUGGAGCCAAAGGAUUCCCUGGACCUGCAGGCUUGCCUGGAUCCCCAGGUCUCCCAGGAUUUGGAAAACCAGGAUUGCCAGGGAUGAAGGGACACAGAGGACCUGAAGGACCUCCUGGUUUUCCAGGACCUAAAGGAGACCAAGGCCCAGCUGGUGUGCCAGGAGAACCAGGUCCUGCUGGGUCACCAGGAAAUAUGGGCCCUCAAGGACUCAAAGGCUUGCCUGGUGAGAAUGGCUUACCCGGACCCAAAGGUGACAUGGGUCCUGCAGGCCCUGCAGGAUUCCCAGGAGCCAAGGGUGAAAGAGGUCUACCAGGAUUAGAUGGAAAACCAGGAUACCCAGGUGAGCAGGGUCCUGCUGGUCCUAAGGGACAUCCAGGUCUCCCUGGUCAAAAAGGUGACACUGGCCAUGCUGGCCUACCUGGCUUGCCUGGUCCAGUUGGACCACAAGGAGUUAAGGGAGUGCCAGGUAUUAAUGGUGAACAAGGCCCAAGAGGACCUUCCGGAAUACCUGGGAUCAGAGGCCCCAUUGGUCCCCCUGGCAUGCCAGGAGCCCCUGGUGCAAAAGGUGAACCAGGAGCACCAGGACUGCCAGGCCCAGCAGGUAUUGCUACAAAAGGUUUAAGAGGACCCAUGGGACCACCUGGACCUCCUGGGCCUAAAGGCAACAAUGGAGAGCCUGGCUUGCCAGGUCCCCCAGGUCCUCCUGGUCCCCCUGGCCAAGCCACAAUCCCAGAAGGUUAUGUUAAAGGAGAGUCUCGAGAGCUAUCAGGAAUGUCUUUCAUGAAAGCAGGAGCAAAUCAAGCUCUGACAGGAAUGCCAGUGUCUGCCUUCACUGUCAUUCUCUCAAAAGCCUACCCUGGGGCAACAGUCCCCAUCAAAUUUGACAAAAUCCUGUACAACAGACAGCAACACUAUGAUCCCAGGACAGGAAUCUUUACCUGCAGGAUCCCUGGACUAUACUACUUCUCCUAUCAUGUACAUGCAAAAGGAACAAAUGUUUGGGUUGCACUCUAUAAAAAUGGCACCCCAGUCAUGUACACUUAUGAUGAAUACCAGAAAGGAUACCUUGACCAGGCCUCUGGCAGUGCUGUCAUUGAUCUCAUGGAGAAUGAUCAAGUGUGGCUCCAGCUGCCAAAUUCAGAAUCCAAUGGUCUCUAUUCCUCUGAAUACGUUCAUUCUUCUUUCUCAGGUUUCCUAUUUGCUCAGAUCUAACAACAUCCCACUUACAAUGUCCUGACACGCUCUCCUUCAGGACGUUUUAACUGGGCACUGAUGUAAUAUGUCCCUAGCAGGUCAUGUAA